AUGGUAAAUUGGAAAUUAGUAUCCGAUAGGAAAAAGGGUCAGGUCAACAAUUCAAUACCUGAAGAAUGGCAAGUUCCGGGAAUUUCGCUUGAUAUGGAAAGUUCAGGCUUUCUCAAUACUAGCGAUUAUUUGGAUACAAUCCUUCCACCGAAUGAAAAAGCAUUGACGACUCUUUCAGCUUCUGAAUUAGCGUCUAGGAUACAUAGAGGAGAAUUGAGCUCUUACAAAGUUUGCUAUGCAUUCUGCCACCGAGCAGCUUUGGCACAUCAAAUUUUAAAUUGUUGCACUGAAAUAUUUUUCGACAAAGCGUUGAAAAGAGCGAAGGAAUUGGAUAACAUUUUUGAGGUAACCAAGACGACUGUUGGACCAUUACAUGGAAUACCCGUCUCACUUAAGGAUCAAAUCAAUCUUCCAGAGCUUGAUUCUGCUAUAGGCUACGUUGCCUUAUCAGGAAAGAAAAGCACCUCGAAAUCACUCAUCGCUAAUGUUCUGGAAGAAAUGGGGGCAGUUUUUUAUGUAAAAACAACUGUGCCCACUGCAAUGAUUGCAUCGGAAACAGUCUCAAAUCUUCACGGCUAUACUUGGAAUGCGAUCAAUUUGAAUUUCACCAGCGGUGGGAGUUCAGGUGGCGAAGGUGCUCUAAUAGGUGCGGGUGGAUCGGUUCUAGGGGUAGGUACUGAUAUAGCGGGGAGCAUCCGAAUUCCCGCUUCUUUUCAGGGACUCUAUGGGCUGAAGCCUUCGUAUGGCAGAAUACCUUAUAUGAAUGUCAAAAAUUCUUAUGCAGGUCAGGAAAUCAUGCCCUCAGUUAUUGGACCCAUGGCCCGAUCAUUAGCAGAUCUUGAAAUGUUCGCGAGGGCAAUAGUUUCAUGUGAAACUUGGAACAUUGAUCCUAACAUAGUUCCCAUUCCUUGGCGUGAUAUGAGCUUUUUGGCUAAGAGAAAACUUCGAUUGGGAUUUCUUUGGGAUGAUCACCUAAUGAAACCUCAUCCUCCAAUUACCAGGGCACUUGAAGAAACUUUCAAUGCUCUCAAAUUUCAUGGGCAUGAAAUAGUCCAAUGGGAUUUUCCUUACCAGAAAGACGUACUGGAUCUUGCUAAAGAAGUUCUUGGAGCUGACGGCGGUCAUGAAGUAAAGCUGCUAUGUGAAGAAGGCGGGGAGCCCAUUUUAGAUUGUCUGAAAUACGCAUUUCCCUCACUUAACGAUGAAUCUAGUUCUAUCUCAAUGGGAGUGAAUGAAUGGUGGAAGUUAGCAGAGAAGAAAAAUUUCUUGAAAGAGAAAUUCCUUGAGCACUGGAGAGAAACAGCCAAUGCUACAUCUAGUGGCGAAGAAAUUGAUGCAAUUAUCAGUCCAGUCUGGCCUUUUGCAGGUUUUGAAGCCCACGCAAUCCCAUUCGAUCCUAUCAAUUACACUGUUCCAAUUAAUCUAUUGGAUUGUACUAGUGUUGUUCUACCAGUAACUACAGUUGAUGUGACUGUUGAUAAGAAAGAACACGAUUAUAUUCCAACAAACGAAGAUGAUGCUAGCGUGAAGGACUACUACGAUCUUGCAAGAUUUGAUAAGAUGCCCGUUUGUAUUCAAGUGGUCUGUAAAAGAAUGGAGGAAGAAAAAGCAUUAGCCAUUUCCUCAGCCGUUCUCGACUGCUUAAAAGGCACAUUUAAAUAA